AAAUCCUUAAUCCAUUUGGAGAGUGUUUUGUUUGUUUUUAUAUGGUGUGAGGAAUAGAUCUAUAUUCAUAUAAAGUUAAAUCAACUAGAUAUAAAAUUUUAAACAAAUAUUUGUAGAGGCAGUAUGACAUAAAAAGUAAAGGAAGGGAACGAUCAACACAUGAUCCAAAUGCUGGUUGUCUUGGGUGGAGAAAGCAGGGCUUAACUAAAGGAUACAGAGCAAAGAUCACACUCAGAGCCUGUUUGCUUAAUUUAACCCAAAAGUGUGUUGUCUUGUCUUUUUUUUUUUUUUUUUUUUUGAUUAUCUGUUCUUUAAAGUUCUUUUUAAAUUAAUAGUGGUGAUAAUCAUUAAUGCUGUUUACCAGAUACUUCUAGUUCACUUCUCUUACCCAUAUGUUCCUGUAGCCCUUGUUUCUGGGUCAGACCAAGUGCUAGUUCAGCGUUGAAUUGUGAACAGAAGUGUUAUGUCACUGCUGAGUCAGAGCAAUUAAUUCGUGAACCAAGACCCUCCUGAGCCCUCUUCUCCCCUGCCGUGGGGGCUAGCAGCACGGAACGGCUGUAUAGUCAGCCUGAAGCCCAGAGACUGAUCAGCAGAAACUCCCUGCUGGCCUUCAUUUGGCACAUGGCAUUAAUGGGAAAUAAACCUUUGUUGUUUAAAACUGCAAAGAUUCCAGCUUUCUUUGCCCCUACAGCAUAACCUAGAUUUACUUGAUUGAUAUAGUUCCCUAUAUUUUAUAUAAAAAUCUGAAUUUUUAUGGUGAAAUAUCAAAAUGUCUGAUAACACUGACCUAAAUUUUUUAAUGAUAGCUGCCGUUUUUUAAUCGCUGGAGGUGGCUAUGGACUGCCUCCUUUAAACUAGACUUGUGCUCCAGGUUUACCAUAGUCUUCGUUGAUACUUGCAACCACUAUUGUAAGUGUGUAAAACAAUAUGUUCCAUUUUUUCCCCCAAUGCUUUUAGAGCAGUUUUAGGUUCACGGCAAAAUUGAGAGGAAGAUACAGAGAUUUCCCAUAUACUCCCUGCCCCCCUACACAUACAUAGCCACCCCCAUUAUCAACAUCUCCCACCAGAGUGGCACAUUUGUUGUAACUGAAGAACCUGCAUUGACCCGUCUUGAUCACCCAACCCCAUAGUUUACAUUAGGGUUCAUUCUUGGUGUCCUACAUUCUGUGGGUUUGGACAAAUGCUUAAUGUCAUGUAUCCAUCAUCAUAGUAUACAGAGUAUUUUCACUGCCCUAAACAUGCUCUUUUCUCUGACCAUUCAUCCCUCCUCUCUCCCCAACCUUUAGUAACCACGGAUUUUUUUUUUUCACUAUCUCCAUAGUUUCGCCUUUUCCAGAAUGUCAUAUAGUUUGAAUCAUACAGUAUGUAGCCUUACCAGAUAUCUUUCCCCACUUAGUAAUAUGCAGUUAAGGUUCGUCUAUCCUCUACAUGACGUGAUAGCUCAUUUAUUUUUAGCACUGAAUAAUACUUCAUUGUCGGUAUGUACUACAGUUUAUCAGUUUACCUACUGAAGGACAUCUUGGUUGCUUCCAGGUUUUGACAGUUAUGAAUAAAGCUUCUAUAAACAUCCAUGUUCAGGUUUUUGUGUGGACAUUAGUUUUCAUCUCCUUUGACUUGAUACUAAGGAUCAUGACUGCUGGAUUGUAUGAUCCUUUUGAACCACAGCGGCGUCUGCCUGUGAAGAAAAGUCGACAACAACUUCAGCGAGAAAAAGCCCUUCAAGAGCAAAGCCAAAAACUUGGACUUCAAGAUGGGUCAACCUCAUUACCUCCAGGGCAGCUGCUUUCCGCACCAAAACAAAGCUUUAACACUCAAAAACCACAUUCUUCGCCCCCUGCUCCCCUUACACUCUCCUCUCCUGUUGGUGAUGGAAAACCACAGGGUACUGAAAGUCAACCAAGGGAACUGGGACUUGAGAAUUCCCAUGAUGGUCACAAAAAUGCUGAGGUUCUGCCUCCAAAAUCAGAUUGCAAGUUGGAAAAAAAGAAAGUGGAAUUGCAAGAAAAAUCUCGUUGGGAAGUCCUCCAGCAAGAACAGCGGCUGAUGGAAGAGAAAAAUAAACGUAAGAAAGCUCUUUUGGCUAAAGCUAUUGCAGAAAGAUCUAAACGAACUCAGGCAGAGACCAUGAAACUAAAGAGGAUCCAGAAGGAGUUACAGGCUUUAGAUGACAUGGUGUCAGCAGACAUUGGAAUCCUCAGGAACCGGAUUGAUCAGGCCAGCCUUGACUAUUCAUAUGCUCAGAAGCGGUUUGACAGGGCUGAGGCAGAGUAUGUUACGGCAAAGCUGGAUCUGCAGCGCAAGACCGAGCUCAAAGAGCAGCUCACCGAGCACCUCUGUACCAUCAUACAGCAGAACGAGCUCCGCAAGGCCAGGAAGCUGGAGGAGCUGAUGCAGCAGCUGGACGUGCAGGCUGAUGACGAGUCCCCGGAGCUCGAGGUGGAGGUGGAGAGAUUGCUGCAUGAACAGGAAGCAGAGGCAGGGAAACAGGUGGUUCUCUCGGAGAGACCAUCUCAGCCUUGUGGGGAGCGUGUGACAUUAGGGUUUGCUGAAGAGAACAAAAAACAUCAAGAGCAAGCUGCUUCCCAAAAGGGUGAUGAACAGUGUGAAAACGCGAAUAGCACUCCCCUUCAAAAUCCAGCACAGCCAAAUCAAUGCGUUGAAACGACUGUGAAAGACAUUUCAGCUUCUCUGACCACGUGAUGUGCCAGUGUUUGUUCUUCAUGACUGCCGUGGCACUCGGUAACCUUUCUGUUAACUAUUCCAUGACCUCUGAUAGAUAAAUGCCUCUUUAAAACUAUAUUAAUUUUUGAAGCCAUGAUUAGUUAGGAUAACAUGUUUGACUAUUCUAAAAUCUCAGAUUAUGGUAGUUUUUUAAUAUAGGGGCAUAGUUCACCUUGAUUUGGGUCCAGUUCCUUCAUUGUACUCUUAUUACUGGGUGAAAACAAGUGAUUUAAAGGGAUGGAAGGAAGACUACAUGGUUAAGAGUGUUUUUAGGCCAGGUAAAUACAGAAAAGUAAAGUGAAAAGUGAUUCUCAAUACCUAAUUGAACUCUUAACUUCUCCUGAAAGAAAAGUUGAGAGUGAAAGUCCUGUUUUAUGUAAUCAGUAAAGAGAUACAAAAACUAACAUGUGAAACAGAGAGAGUGAGAAACAACUAACAAAGGUGGUGGGUUACAUUAUCCAUCCGGAUUUUACUACAGUUGAAAAACAACUGGGAAAUUGUAAUUUACGGAAAGAACCAGACCACUUAAGCCAGCGUCAUUUUUGUUUUCAAUUUUCCUUUGAAAUAGCUUUAGUUCACAAGCUGAGUUUUGGUUGGUUGAUACACACGUGCACACAGACACAAACACACAUACAUAUGUCAUUUCAGUGUUAAUAUAUUGUCUUUAAUCAGCAUGUUGAUUCAGUUUAGACAAUGAAAACAUUUCUACAGUGAGACUGAAAAGAAUAUAGAGAAUCUUAUUGCUACUUUCGGUUAUUUUAAAAAAAUGACAUAUUUUCUUUCUAAAGUCACCUGUAAAUGUGUUUUAUGUUGGAUAUAAAUUAUCCUGUCAUAAAACAUUUAAAUGGUUAAAAUGGUGGUUUUCUUAUUACUUCAGUAGUUCGUUCAUUUCCAUCACUAACGCUUGACCACACUACAUUGUGCUAUAAGUGAAUGUGUAAAUAAAUACUGUAGUUUCAUCACAAAAUCUAUGAAUAUCACAUUAAAUUACAAUCUGCUUAUCAGAAGUUCCAAAAGUACAAACACUACAUUUUAAGUCUUAAAGAACUAUUAUAAAAGAAGAGAAGGACAAAUGUAACAUUGUAUCCAUAAUAAUUUCUGAAAAAGUUGGGGACAUCGUAUUCUUAAGUGAGUUUGUUUGAGGGUGUUAUCUUCUAGUAAUGCGGAUGAGCUUCGUAUUUUUCUAUUACGAACUUUGAGUUGAAAUUUCAUUGUCCAAUAUGCCUUAUUUUUCUAAGGAAUAAACGAGUCUAAUGCA